UUUAAAACUACGGCAUUCUGUGAGAGUCAAAGCAGUCAGCUCCUAUAAGCAGCACUAGAGCAGUGCACUCCCUUUACUACGAAUAACUUGAAGUGCUGCUAACUUGCCAGUGCUGCUGUUAAACACUGGGGCCAUCAGAGCUGCCAUCACUCCUGCAUCGGAAUCUUUGAGUGGAACAAGCGAACUCGAGCACAAGAACCAAGAUGUGGCUAUUCAUUACAGUGGCAUAUUUGUUCCAAGGAACUGUAUCUUCAGAGAAACUCAUAAGAAUGAAGAGAAAUCAUGUGGAUCCUGAAGCACAUAUGAACAUUAGCGAGCUCAUUACCUAUAGAGGAUACCCCAGUGAGGAGUAUGAAGUGGUGACAGAAGAUGGCUAUAUCCUUAGCAUUAACAGAAUCCCUUAUGGAAUAGAAAAUCAGGGGAAUACAGUCGUAAAGCCUGCUGUGUUUCUCCAACAUGGAUUACUAGGAGAUGCUAGCAACUGGGUCACAAACCUGGCCAACAAUAGCCUGGGCUUCAUACUAGCAGAUGCUGGCUAUGACGUUUGGAUGGGAAACAGCAGAGGGAACACCUGGUCUAGAAGACACCUCAAUCUUUCUGUUGAGCAAGAUGAGUUCUGGUCUUUCAGUUUUGAUGAGAUGGCUAAGUUUGACCUUCCAGCAGUGCUAAACUUUAUUAUGCGGAAAACUGGACAAGAGCGGUUGUACUAUGUUGGCUAUUCACAGGGUGCCACUAUAGCUUUCAUUACAUUUUCAACAAUGCCCCAGCUGGCUAAAAGAAUCAAACUGUAUUUUGCCUUAGCCCCUGUAACUACAGUUAAAUAUGCCAGAAGCCCUGCAGUAAAACUCCUGUAUCUUCCUGAAAAGUUUCUCAGGGUCUUGCUUGGCAGAAGGGAAUUAUUUCACCAAAGUGAAUGGCUGAGAAAGCUCAUUGUUUCCUUUUGUGGCCGCAGCAUUUUUGCUAAGCUUUGUGGAAAUGUCUUCUUCAUUCUGGGAGGCUACAAUGUGAAUAACAUAAAUAUGAGUCGUGUUAACGUAUACGUAGCCCGAGCCCCAGCAGGAACAUCUGUACAAAAUGUAAUCCACUGGAGCCAGAUACUUAAUUCAGGGGAAUUCCAAGCUUAUAACUGGCGCAGUCAAACCAAGAAUAUGGCGAAAUUUGGUCAGGCCACCCCUCCUUUAUACAAGAUAAAAGAUAUGACAGUGCCAACUGCAAUAUGGACUGGUGGACAAGACUUGCUUGCAGACUUAAAGGAUGCUAAUGUUUUACGCCCGCAAAUUAUUAAUCUUGUUCAUUACAAAAACAUUCCUGAAUGGGCACAUCUGGAUUUCAUCUGGGGGCUGGAUGCACCGCUGCGCAUGUACAAUGAAAUCGUUGACCUAAUGGAGAAGCAUCCAUAAACCACACAAAGUAGCCAUGCUUUAGGUUAAUAAUGGAUUCUCUGAUGAAGCUUGUUUUCUCUGUGUAUGGAAAGAGGCCUAUUUUCCUUUUUAUAAAAAAGUUAACCCUCUACAGACUCCAUUAUUUACUAUGAUUGGCUGUAUUUUCACUACAUUUGUUGUUGUCAUAUUUUCUAUCCUGCUGGUGAUUUUCAGUAACUACAGUAUCACCUCAGGAAACAAAGCUACAUUUCUCGAAGAAUCACUUUAACGUCUCUCCUGCUAUGGAAGGCAGAAGAGAGUCCAGUGCCGUGUGUGUGUGUGUGUGUGUGUGUGUGUGUGUGUAGAAGUGCUGAGCAGUACCCUAUCUAUCCGCUGUUCAGAAAUAGCAGAAGCGCUCCUGCUUUCACACCCAGCUAUCAUUGGGAUGAAACAAUGCUAGCUCUUCACUGCUUACACUGGUCUUGAGUGUAUUUUUAAAAGUACUGAUUUUCUACCACCUAGCUCCUCUGCAGGAUAUGUCUGUUCCCCAGAGCCUACUCCCAGGCCACUCUUUGUUUUGCGCGUGUUUGUGUCUUUUUGCUGCAUUGAUUGAAUAUAUAAUUAUAUUCAAUCUAAUCUCUUUGGCCUAGAUCCACACAGGCAUUUAGGCCCCUAACUCCCAAUAGAAUCAGCAUUUCUAAAUUGCUCAUUACUGAGGUACAUAGGUGUGCUCUGUGUACAUUAGGAAAAAUCAAUUAUAUUUUGGACUGAGGUAAAACCUCAUUGAGAUUAAUAGCUAUGAACUCACCCUUCAGUUAACAUAACUAUAAGCAUAAGCCCCACCGAAGACAAAAGGGAUUUGUGAACCUGCCUGGGAGAUUUUGGAUGAGUAUUUUUUGUGUGUUUCUGUUUCUGUAUGUGUGUUUGAGUGUAAGAGAGACCAGUCAAGAACAGAUGGAAAGGGGAACACAGCUUGACGAGGCAGCUGAAAACAUGGUGGCUGGUCCUGGAAGAACCCUGGGAAGAGGUGUCUGGGCUAACGGCUAAGAGUGCUUUUGGUGUGGUGAGCAAAAGAAGCUGUUUCCUGCUAUUUGAUCCCCCCUGCGCUCAGAGACACAGGAC